UGUUCGGAGCAAUCGCGAUCGCCAGAGCGACAUGGCGGAAUUUGGAGAUGCUUUUCUCCGUUUUCACCAAUAGAGUUUUGGUUUAUGUAGCCUGAACACUUCGCAAAUUUAUCAUAUUGUGCACAGAUAUUUGCGCCGAUCAAAAGACUCAUCUGUUAAAACUCUUCCAGUUGAUAUCCACGCCAUGGCCUCCGUCUUCCUCAACACGCUGACCCCCAAAUUCUACGUUGCUCUCACCGGAACAUCGUCACUCAUCUCGGGCUUAAUCCUCAUCUUCGAGUGGUGGUACUUCCGCAAGUACGGAACCUCUUUCAUCGAGCAGGUGUCCCUCAACCAUCUCUCCCCGUGGCUCGGAGGAAACGGUGGCAAUGGAGAUGAAGCGGAACCUCCGCCUCCACAAGCAUCACCGCCGACGUCGGCAUCAGAGUGCAAAGUGUGGCGAAAUCCGCUGAGUCUCCUCCGCGGUGCGGAAUACUCUCGCUUCCUGGCAGCUACGGGGCGUGAGCCCCUCACCUUCUACGACAUGAACUUAUCCGCACAAGAUCAUCAAACGUUGUUCACGUGCGAGGCAGACACCGGGCGGCCCGAUUGUGAAGUGAUGCAGAUGGCUUGGAGAGAGAGAGAUCCGAAGACAAGAGUAAAAUAUGCUCGCGACGCAUUGGAAAAGAAUUCUGAAUGUGUUACAGCGUACAUCUUAUUAGCAGAAGAAGAAGCACCCGGAGUGUUAGAGGCGGAGAAGUUGUUCAAGCAGGCGCUCAAAUUUGCAGAGGCCAAUCAUAGGAAGAGCCAACAGAUGCAACACCAAGGCUCAUACCAGGAAUCCCUGCAUAGGCGAGACUCGAACGUGCUGGUUUACGUGCGGCGCAGGCUGGCCAUGUGCGCACGCAAGCUGGGCAAAGUGCGGGAAGCAGUAAAGAUGAUGCGCGAUUUGAUUAAGGAAUUCCCCAUGAUGAAUCUCUUCAACAUUCACGAGAACCUGAUAGAAGCCCUGCUGGAACUGCAGGCGUACGCCGACGUCCAGGCGGUACUGGCAAAGUACGACGACAUCAACUUGCCAAAAUCCGCAACCAUCUGCUACACCGCCGCCCUCCUCAAAGCCCGAGGGGUCGGCGACAAGUUCUCUCCCGACACCGCGGCGCGACGCGGCCUCACCGCGUCCGAACUCUCUGCUGUCGAGGCCAUCCACCGUGCCGUCGAGUUCAACCCGCACGUUCCCAAGUACCUCCUCGAAGCCAAGAGCCUCAUCAUGCCCCCGGAGCACCUCCUCAAAAGGGGCGACUCGGAGGCCGUCGCAUACUCCUUCUUCCACCUGGCCCACUGGAAGCGGGUCGAGGGCGCCCUCGCGUUGCUCCACUGGUCGUGGGAGGGAACAUUCCGUGCCAUUCCGUAUCCGCUGGAGCGGGGACACUUGUUCUACCCAUAUCCGACCUGCACCGAGGCGACGGACCGGGAGCUCUUGCCCCCGUUCCACGAGGUCUCCGUCUAUCCGAAGAAGGAGCUGCCGUUCUUCAUCCUCUUCACGGCGGGUCUGUGCUCGCUGACGGCGUUGCUCGCGCUGCUCACCCAUCAGUAUCCGGAACCCGUCGGAGUGGCGGCGCGCACGCUGCUGUCGUGGCUGGCCCUUCCCGUCGGUUACGUCGUGGACAAGCUGGAAGCGCUCCUGCCCUCGAGCUUGCUCCAACAGUUGUCCAGGAUCUGAGGACCUGCAUCGUCGGGAGGGAGGGCUUCACUGUCUUUCGCGCGUGUUGUCGUCAGUGUAUUAUCACCUCAUCUCAUUGUAUUUUCCCCAUUUUAUUAUUAUUAUUUUUGUUUUCUUUGGCACUUUGUGAACACUACGAUGUGACAAUGUGAUCAGAUCUUUUUGAGAUGUGUCACUUCCUUGAUGUUCCGUAGGGACGGUCUUGUUCUUGAAGUGAGUGGGUGUUGUGCGAGACGCUGUGAAUGCACACGGGAAAAAUGCUCAUACGUUGUAUAGUCAACCUUUACUGAAAUUCAGAAAGUUUUACUAUAGCAUAAAGUGCCACGCUUGUUUUUAAGUACAAAGAAUAAGUACUAUUUAUUUUUCAUGCAGUCCCCUGCCAUACAUUGAGUGUUCCGUCUUCUUGGUAAGGCUUCGUACUGAAGUUCCUGUAAUAGGACACCAGUGCAUUCUGUCUGACCUUCGGAUAUGCACUGCCUAUUUAUGACCUAUUGAACUUGUUGCUUACUGACAAGUAGGAAAGUAUCCCCAUUGAAAAUGUCCAAAGUCUUUGGCAUAGUUGAUAUACUGCACACUUGUAGUGCUACAGUAGAUCAUCCUCAAGGUUUACGGACAGCUAGUAUAAGGAUCGAUGGGGAAUCGAUCAACGAGGUUAAAAUAUGGCGCACAAAUUUUAACAGUAUAUUUUGACUUUUGAAGAAGUACUUCGUUGAGUUGACAUUUUGCUGACCUAGGAGAUCGUUUGACAAAAUCUUGGCACCGACACGUUUAACGAAGGCGUUUGUAACAAAUCGACAAUGUGUUCCACUUGCAACGUUUCAGCACUGUACUUGAGGACAUGUUUUCAGUGUCGAGUUGCUUCAUUGCGUUGUGCGUCCAGUAGUUAGUAUUUAUUUUCUUGUGACAGGGUAGCGCAACUCUUUCCAAGGGUGACCUUAUUGUGCAAGGUGACUUCACUGUCGAGCCUUGCCACCCCUAUGUUGCCACAAUGAUGCCAAGCAGCCGAAAUAAAUGUGAUCCAGCACAUGACACAUGCUGUCGGAC